UAUCCACAGAUCACUGACGUCUGUGAUCUGUGGUUAUUAUCAGUCACCACUAUGACACAGAUCAAAUAGUGUCUGGCAGAGUGUGAAUCUCUGUGAUAUGCGGUGAUAUACUUGUCUUCAUCUAUGGUGAUAUGCGUGUCACAUUUUCGUCUCUUCCAGUGUGAGUCCGCGUUUUCCAGACGUUCCCUUACCCCUGGAUCAUCUUUCUUUCGUGUAUCUUUACUUGAAAUCGAAUUAAAAAAUAUUCACGGGCAAUGCCAAGCAAUUAAAUUUUGAAAAUUACACAUAGUUUUCUAUAUGCGGAGCUUUCUUAACUCUCUUAACGAAUUUUCCAUGUGCAACUGAAAAAUGAGGAUAAAGUCGGACAGUACACUAUAAAAGCAAUCGCCACUUCGUCAAUUUGCCAUGUCUUUUAAUGCGGAUGGAGACCUGGAGCUCAAAGUUCGAAAAGCGACUGAACGGAUUUCUGAAAAUAUGCAUAUAGUGGCAAAUGAGCCUUCCCUGGCAUUUUACCGGUUGCAGGAGCACGUUAGAAAAGCCCUGAAUCCUAUGGUUGAUCGCAGGACCGAUGUGAACAAAUUACAAACCGAGCUGCAGGGCAGAUGUUACGAUAUGGACUACGCAUCAAGUGCUCUGAAAUCUAUGCAAAAGGCUGAUGAAAUCUUCGAUAACAUUCGUGAAAAUCUGAAGAAUGCCAUUUUCCUAAAGCAGCAGCUGAAAUAUGAAGAGUCAAGGAGGAGGAAGGCAGACUCCAGUUCAGUCUACAAGAGGCUCUCAGCACACAUUACUUUGGACUUACCGGAGCUGCCAGAGCUCUCCGAUGUAGUGAGAGAAACUGCCAAUCGAGUGGAGAGCAUGAUGAGCAAAGCAACUCAUGCUUCCAACAGCUAAUGACUCGCAACACCAUAGAAAUUCUCAAUUGUGAUAAUGUACUUCUGCUGAAUUGUAAUAGUUAUACAUAUAUAUUGCUUCUUUGUUUUGUUUGUACAAAUAACUUUAUAAUAAAUAUUAUUGCACCAUUAAAAA